AAGUGUUUUGCUGGAGGAUGAUGACAGAGGUCAGGCUUCGCUAAUGGGCCAGUGAGGAGCGGUGGAGGCGAGGCCGGGCGCCGGCACACACACAUUAACACACUUGAGCCAUCACCAAUCAGCAUAGGAAUCUGAGAAUUGCUCUCAUACACCAACCCAGCAACAUCCGUGGAGAAAACUCUCACCAGCAACUCCUUUAAAACACCGUCAUUUCAAACCAUUGUGGUCUUUAAGCAACAACAGCAGCACAAAAAAACCCAACCAAACAGAACUCUUGACAGGAACUGUGACAACCAGAGAGGAUGCCUCAUAAAGGGGGAAGACUUUAACUAGGGGCGCGCAGAUGUGUGAGGCCUUUUAUUGUGAGAGUGGACAGACAUCCGAGAUUUCAGAGCCCCGUAUUCGAGCCCCGUGGAAUCCCGCGGCCCCCAGUCAGAGCCAGCAUGCAGAACAGUCACAGCGGAGUGAAUCAGCUCGGUGGUGUUUUUGUCAACGGGCGGCCACUGCCGGACUCCACCCGGCAGAAGAUUGUAGAGCUAGCUCACAGCGGGGCACGGCCGUGCGACAUUUCCCGAAUUCUGCAGGUGUCCAACGGAUGUGUGAGUAAAAUUCUGGGCAGGUAUUACGAGACUGGCUCCAUCAGACCCAGGGCAAUCGGUGGUAGUAAACCGAGAGUAGCGACUCCAGAAGUUGUAAGCAAAAUAGCCCAGUAUAAGCGAGAGUGCCCGUCCAUCUUUGCUUGGGAAAUCCGAGACAGAUUACUGUCCGAGGGGGUCUGUACCAACGAUAACAUACCAAGUGUGUCAUCAAUAAACAGAGUUCUUCGCAACCUGGCUAGCGAAAAGCAACAGAUGGGCGCAGACGGCAUGUAUGAUAAACUAAGGAUGUUGAACGGGCAGACCGGAAGCUGGGGCACCCGCCCUGGUUGGUAUCCGGGGACUUCGGUGCCAGGGCAACCUACACAAGAUGGCUGCCAGCAACAGGAAGGAGGGGGAGAGAAUACCAACUCCAUCAGUUCCAACGGAGAAGAUUCAGAUGAGGCUCAAAUGCGACUUCAGCUGAAGCGGAAGCUGCAAAGAAAUAGAACAUCCUUUACCCAAGAGCAAAUUGAGGCCCUGGAGAAAGAGUUUGAGAGAACCCAUUAUCCAGAUGUGUUUGCCCGAGAAAGACUAGCAGCCAAAAUAGAUCUACCUGAAGCAAGAAUACAGGUAUGGUUUUCUAAUCGAAGGGCCAAAUGGAGAAGAGAAGAAAAACUGAGGAAUCAGAGAAGACAGGCCAGCAACACACCUAGUCAUAUUCCUAUCAGCAGUAGUUUCAGCACCAGUGUCUACCAACCAAUUCCACAACCCACCACACCUGUUUCCUCCUUCACAUCUGGCUCCAUGUUGGGCCGAACAGACACAGCCCUCACAAACACCUACAGCGCUCUGCCGCCUAUGCCCAGCUUCACCAUGGCAAAUAACCUGCCUAUGCAACCCCCAGUCCCCAGCCAGACCUCCUCAUACUCCUGCAUGCUGCCCACCAGCCCUUCGGUGAAUGGGCGGAGUUAUGAUACCUACACCCCCCCACAUAUGCAGACACACAUGAACAGUCAGCCAAUGGGCACCUCGGGCACCACUUCAACAGGACUCAUUUCCCCUGGUGUGUCAGUUCCAGUUCAAGUUCCCGGAAGUGAACCUGAUAUGUCUCAAUACUGGCCAAGAUUACAGUAAAAAAAAAAAAAAAAAAAGGAAAGGAAAUAUUGUGUUAAUUCAGUCAGUGACUAUGGGGACACAACAAUUGAGCUUUCAGAAAAGAAAGAAAAAUGGCUGUUAGAGGCGCUUCAGUUCUACAACUGUGUCCUGUAUUGUACCAUUGGGGAAGGAAUGGACUUGAAACAAGGACCUUUGUAUACAGAAGGCACGAUAUCAGUUGGAACAAAUCUUCAUUUUGGUAUCCAAACUUUUAUUCAUUUUGGUGUAUUAUUUGUAAAUGGGCAUUUGUAUGUUAUAAUGAAAAAAAAGAACAAUGUAGACUGGAUGGAUGUUUGAUCUGUGUUGGUCAUGAAGUUGUUUUUUUUAAAAAAAGAAAACCAUGAUCAACAAGCUUUGCCAUGAAUUUAAGAGUUUUAUCAAGAUAUAUCGAAUACUUCUACCCAUCUGUUCAUAGUUUAUGGACUGAUGUUCCAAGUUUGUAUCAUUCCUUUGCAUAUAAUUAAACCUGGAACAACAUGCACUAGAUUUAUGUCAGAAAUAUCUGUUGGUUUUCCAAAGGUUGUUAACAGAUGAAGUUUAUGUGCAAAAAAGGGUAAGAUAUAAAUUCAAGGAAGAAAAAAAGUUGAUAGCUAAAAGGUAGAGUGUGUCUUCGAUAUAAUCCAAUUUGUUUUUUGUCAAAAUGUAAGUAUUUGUCUUCCCUAGAAAUCCUCAGAAUGAUUUCUAUAAUAAAGUUAAUUUCAUUUAUAUUUGACAAGAAUACUCUAUAGAUGUUUUAUACACAUUUUCAUGCAAUCAUACGUUUCUUUUUUGGCCAGCAAAAGUUAAUUGUUCUUAGAUAUAGUUGUAUUACUGUUCACGGUCCAAUCAUUUUGUGCAUCUAGAAUUCAUUCCUAAUCAAUUAAAAGUGCUUGCAAGAGUUUUAAACUUAAGUGUUUUGAAGUUGUUCACAACUACAUAUCAAAAUUAACCAUUGUUGAUUGUAAAAAACCAUGCCAAAGCCUUUGUAUUUCCUUUAUUAUACAAUUUUCUUUUUAACCUUAUAGUGUGGUGUUACAAAUUUUAUUUCCAUGUUAGAUCAACAUUCUAAACCAAUGGUUACUUUCAUACACACUCUGUUUUACAUCCUGAUGAUCUUUAAAAAAUAAUUCUUAUAGAUAUCAUAAAUCAAAAACGUGUUAGAAAAAAUCCCACUUAUAGCUGGGUGUAGAUCUAUGCCCAUUUAUACCCACAACAUAUAUACGAAAUGGUAACAUUUCCCAGUUAGCCAUUUAAUUCAAAAGCUCAAAGUCUAGCAAUAAUAUAAAAAUGCAACAAGCUAUUAGCUAGGAAUUGUUUUUUGAAUUAGGACUGGCAUUUUCAAUCUGGGCAGAUUUCCAUUGUCAGCCUGUUUCAACAAUGAUUUCACUGAAGUAUAUUCAAAAGUAGAUUUCUUAAAGGAGACUUUCUGAAAGCUGUUGCCUUUUUCAAAUAGGCCCUCUCCCUUUUCUGUCUCCCUCCCCUUUGCACAAGAGGCAUCAUUUCCCAUUGAACCACUACAGCUGUUCCCAUUUGAAUCUUGCUUUCUGUGCGGUUGUGGAUGGUUGGAGGGUGGAGGGGGGAUGUUGCAUGUCAAGGAAUAAUGAGCACAGACACAUCAACAGACAACAACAAAGCAGACUGUGACUGGCCGGUGGGAAUUAAAGGCCUUCAGUCAUUGGCAGCUUAAGCCAAACAUUCCCAAAUCUAUGAAGCAGGGCCCAUUGUUGGUCAGUUGUUAUUUGCAAUGAAGCACAGAUCUGAUCAUGUUUAAAGUGGAGGCACGCAGGGCAGGAGUGCUUGAGCCCAAGCAAAGGAUGGAAAAAAAUAAGCCUUUGUUGGGUAAAAAAGGCCUGUCUGAGACUUUUAUUUGUUCUGUGCAACAUAUAAGUCAAUACAGAUAAGUCUUCCCCUGCAAACUUCAGUAAAAAGCCUGGGGGUUCUGGCAGUCUAGAUUAAAAUGCUUGCACAUGCGGAAACCUCUGGGGACAAAGACACACUUCCACUGAAUUCUACUCUGCUUUAAAAAAACCCCAAAAGCAAAUGAUCAGAAAUAUAGAAAUUAAUGGAAGGAUUUAAACAUGACCUUCUAGUUCAAUAUCUACUGUUUUUUAGUUAAGGAAUUACUUGUGAACAGAUAAUUGAGAUUUAUCGCUCUGGCAUGAAACAUACUACUAAUUUUAUGCCACCAGAGUCGCUGCACAUUUGGAGACACCUUCCUAAGUUGACUGCAGUUUUUGAAUGUGUGCAUGUAGUUUUGUUCAGUGUCAGCCUGCACUGCACAGCGGCACAUUUCUGCAGGGGAGUGCGCACACGUAUGCACUGUUGGUACAAUUGCCCGUGCAGACAUUUCUACCUCCUGACAUUUUGCAGCCUACAUUCCCCGAGGGCCGUGUGCUGAGGGAACUGUCAGAGAAGGGCUAUGUGGGAGUGCAUGCCACAGCUGCUGGCUGGCUUACUUCUUCCUUCUCACUGGCUGUAACUUCCACCAGGGUCAGGCAGCCAGUUCUGGCCCACGGUUCUGUUGUGUAGAGAGCAGAGACUUUGGAGACCUGGGUGUGGCACGCCAGGUGCAAGAGGUGGGAAUGGGAGAAAAGGAGUGAUGUGGGAGCGGAGGGUAUGUACGCACUUGGGCACGUAUAUGUGUGUUCUGAGGGUCAGGAUUGCCAGGGCAAAGUUGCACAGUCUGGUAUGAGUCUGAAGAAGCGGCUGCUCAGCUGCAGAAGCCCUCUGAUCCAGCAGGAUGGGAACGGCUGCCUUGCCUUCUGCCCACACCCUAGGGACAUGAAUUGUCCCUCCAAACAGAGCUCCAGGCACUCUCUCGGGGACAGCAUGCCAGGCACUGUGUGGUAGCAGUGCCUGGGAGUUGGCAACUUUUACUCAUGGUUGAAAUAAUUUAUUUUUAUUAUUUAUUUAAUGAUACAUAUAUUUAUAUAUUUAUCAAUGGGGUAUCUGCAGGGAUGUUUUGAUGCCAUCUUCCAGGAUGGAGAUUAUUUGUGAAGAUCUCAGUAGACUCACAGGACUAAAAGCCUAAAAUUUUUCUCCAAACUUGACGGACUUGGGAAAACCAAGUGAACAGAAUAAGAGCUGAAUGUUUUAAGUAAUAAACAUUCAAACUGCUCUAAGUAAAAAAAUGCAUUUUACUGCAAUGAAUUUCCAGAAUAUUUCCCCCCCAAAGCUAUGCCUCCUAACCCUUAAAUGGUAAACAACUGGUUUCUUGAUAGAGCUCACUGACAUUUCUUCCUUCUUUCUAUUGUCACUAGGUUUCCUAAGAUUCACUUACACAGUAUUAUUUUAAGAUUCAGCUUUGUUCUGUGAAUGUUUGUCAUCUUAGGAUUGUGUCUAUAUUCCUUUGCUUAUUUCUUUUUACUCUAGGCCUCUCAUAUUAGUAAGAUUAAAAAAAGCCUUUUCUUCUCUGUAUGUUUGGCUCACCAAGGCCAAAUAUAUAUUCUUCUCUUUUUCAUUUCUCAAGAAUAAACCUCAUCUGCUUUUUUGUUUUUCUGUGUUUUGGCUUGGUACUAAAUGACUCAACUGCUCAGUUUUAAAGUUCAAAGUUUAAGUACUUAGGGUUAGUACUGCUUAUUUCAAUAAUGUUGAUGGUGACUAUCUUUGGAAAGCAGUAACACACUGUCUUAGAAAUGACAUUAAUAAUGGGCUUAAACAAAUGAAUAGGGGGGUCACCCCACUCUCCUUUUGUAUGCCCAUGUGUGUCUGAUUUGUUAAAAUUAAAAGAUGGACAGGGAAUUAAUUGCAGAAUGUCACUUCCUUCUAAAGUAGUUUUAUUUUGUCUACUGUUAGUAUUUAAAGAUCCUGGAGAUGGACAUAAGGAAUAAAUGGAAGAGAAAAGUAGAUAUUGUCUGGUGGCUACUAGAAGGAAAUUCAAAAAGUCUUAGAACCCUAGCGCCUGAGCAAACUGCAGUAGUCAAAAUACUUACCUCAUGUUAAAGAAAGGCAAAUCUAGUGUAAGAAAUGAAUACCAUAUAGUGUUUUGAAAUUCAUAUACUAGAAACACUGAAAAGAUAUCAUUUCAGAUACUAUGUUUGGCAUUGUUCUUAAGUAUUUAUAUCUUUGAGUCAAGCUGAUAAUUUUAAAAAAUCUGUUAAUGGAGUGUAUAUUUCAUAAUGUAUCAAAAUGGUGUCUAUACCUACAGUAGCACUAUUGAAGAGCGAUAUAUUUAUGUAGUAAGUUAUUAACAUAAUG